AUGCCAUUUAUCUCAUUCGGAAUGAGUUUGGUCGCCACAGUCGCUGAUAGUCUUCUCACCGCACUUGUCGCUGAGAAUGAGCAGGGUCUGGUGCUCGGCAUCGCCACUUCGUUCAACUCCCUUGUUCGCACAUUUGCCCCGGCAAUCGCAGGGACUAUCUUGGACACCUUUGGUUUCUCAUCAUUUGCCCUGAUAGGCUCACUUUCGACCACCAUUGGGCAUGUGGCUAUACUUUUAUUCCCUCUAAGGGAAACUUUACUCAGGAAAUCAAAAUCUGAAUGA